AUGUCGAGAGUUGGUUUUUAUAUAAGGGAUUGGACCCCUAAUUUUGACCCAAGACAAGCUACUAUUGAGGAAAUUCCUAUGUGGAUAAGAUUGUACAAUCUCCCUCAUGAGUAUUGGAAGGAGGAAAUCUUUAAGAGUGUAGGGGAGAAGAUAGGGAGAUUUAUCAAGUCAGAUGAAGCGGUUGAUAAGCUCAGUUCAUGCAUGUAUGCACGUAUCUAUGUUAUGUGGAAGCCGCAUCUUGGGCUACCAAAGGUUGUUGAAAUGAGGUCUCCAGAAGGAGUAUGGAGACAAGAUAUAGAAAUUGAAGAAAUCAUAGUCAAAUGCAAGAUUUGUAAAGAAUGGGGCCAUGAGGAUCGAGACUGUUUGUUGGGUCAAAAGGGUAAAGGAAAGGCAGAUCGUGCUUUGGAGGAGAAGCUAUUAGUGGGUGUGGUUGCAUAUUAG